AUGCCUACUCACGAUAAGACCGACCGUAAUAGGGAGACUAAGCUUGUUGGUGUCGCCAGAAUUGACAUAUGUUCUUUGACCUUUGAAGAAGGUUGCCGUCGCUACGAUGCCGCAAACUAUGUUCCAGUUCUUGUAAGUAAAGCCCAACUCGCAAAUUUACUCAGAGCCUCAAACGUGACUCGGAACGACCUCAAGACCACAUCUGUUGAUGGCUCAUUGCCGUUGGUCUCAUCAAACCAAAAUCUGUUAUGCCCUCAUGGUCAACAUCGAAUCAAAGCUGCAAAAGAAUUUUUGUCGAAAGUAGAUCGUUGGUGGACUAUUGAAAUAUAUCUGAUCCCUUCAAAUAGAAGAACACGAGAGGAAAUCUUAGCGCAUUUCAGACACCAAUUUUCUCACGAGACGGGAUUUUCAGACGGAGAUGUGUAUUGUAACGUCAGACUCUACCAAGCAAUGGAUUCAAAGUUUGAGGCUGAGAGUUGGAUGGCAAAACUCACAAAUUGCAAGAGAAUAAACUCGAGUCAGCUACUUAAACAUGAAGAUAUGACUGACCUCUUCGAUCAACUCUUACCGGUACCUGGUCUUUGGGCUGGAUUGGAACUUGGUAAUAUUCAAAAGCACCUAGCUCUACGAUGCGAUGAGGAAAUGACACGAUAUCUGAAACAUAUCUGGUCGGUGUGGCAAGAUGUCACAUUGAAAGAUCGAGAGAUACAAAGGGCAACGGACAUACAGACUGUACGUCUGCUGCAGCUCCGUGUCCCUAAAUUAAGUACUUGUGACAAGAACUUCGUGAAGGCUGCAAUGGGUUCUGGCCUCCUGUUCCCGAGAAUAACUUCCUCCAAGACUCGAGUGAGAAUUCUACAGGUUCUUUUGGAGAUAGACUGCUUGAUACCUAGUAUCAAAACCAUGCACGAGAACCUUAAGUACCUCGAGGUCGGUGCCAAAAUAUUGAACUCUUUGCUCAUAACCAAGCAUCGUCGACUUACUUUGCAUGAGACAUUACGAUUAUCCUGGACUACUAAGGAGAACAGUUUUGUUGAGCUGAAGGAUAAGAAACUAUAUGUUCGGGUCGCGACUAAUGAGGCGGGUUGGGAACUUGUUUACAAGCAGAUAUGGAUAUGGGCUUUACGAAAUUUCGCAGAACUAGGUGGUCGAGCGCCGAGGAAGGAACAAGGGAAGCCGCGUUAUAUUUCCAAGUUGGAUCCCACUUUGUAUUAUGAAUUCGCUCAGUUCGCAGCAGAAUUGGGCAUAAUCACGAAGAAGAUAACAAAUCGAAUCCAAUGUGACCCCAACCAUGAAAGAGUUGUGCGCACGAUCACUCAGAUUUAUCCAUCACAAUCGAAGAUAGAUAUCGAGAACAUAGCGAACGAUAUUUUGAACCAAUUACCUUUAUCUGAGAAUAUUCCCGCUGAAACGCAAGAAGUUCAUCUUGAAAGAAGCCAAAUAUUCGAUUUAAGCAGGAGGUGGGUUACACAGGACGAUAUGCCAAGCCCAGAGUUCCUCUUUCAGGAUUUCCUUUCUUCAUUCUUCGGGAAAACCUGUUACUUCGGAGGCGAAGGACAAAUUGCAGACGAAACUCAGAUCGAAGCUGAGAUACUGCGAUCCGAAGACAGCUCCAAUUCCGAUGAACUAGCAACUCCCUUACUGACUGACGAUGAUCAUGGGACCAUGAACUCGGAUGCCUCAGCACCUACUGCUAUCAACUUCACUCGAAAUAUGAGAGUCGGUGAAGGAUCUGACACAGAAUUUGACUCUGGAGAUCUGAUGAAUCUUGGUAAUGAGGAUGACUUAAAUGGACCAGCUACGGACUUAGAAUGUUCAACGGAACCUGAGGUCAUAAAACCAUCUCAUGUUCAUCGGUCUAAAGCUACCCAUAGAACCAGCCCAAAAGACACAACUCUGGCUCAGAAAACGUCGUCCACGAAACUAGAUCCACCAUUCUCGAAUAGAUAUUUAAGAUCUAUAAGUUCAUCGAACGCUGAUUCUCCCUGCGCCCAACCCCGAAAGCUAUACUCGACUCCAUUCCACUCGUUGGAUAUUGCUUGGCGGCAUUUAGCUAGACGCAACUGUGUGGAUGAUAAUCCAAUAUCUCCAACUGCUCUAGUGGGAGAAGUCAGAUCGCCAAUUUCAUCGAUCAUAAGUAUGUAUGGCGCAGGAACUACAAACCACUGCGUCGAUGGCAGUCCCACGUCGCCAAUGAGCUUACCAAAAGGUAACAUAUCCCGAAGAUCUUCAAUCAGGAGUAUGUAUUCGGGAUCAGCGACAUGGGAUUACACAUAUGACGGUCAAGUAUCGCCGAUUAGUCCAGAAGCAAAUCAAAGGUCCCCAGUUCUUUCGAUCUCAAGUAUGAGUUUAGGAUCGAGAACUCCAGUUUCUUCAUUUCGGAAAGAAUCUCCGAGUCGCUUUGAACUUAGUAGAUCCCCCAUAGCCCCAGUCACAAGCUCAAACCCCUUUUUGGAUCCUGCUCAGAUUGAUACAAUAAGCAGUGUAUUGAACGUAGAUCAAAUGGUAACAAGGAGAUCUCCGAUACCUUCGAUUACAAGCACAAGAUCUUUAUUAGCUUUUAUUCGGCAAAAGUCUAUAACACAGCCGCUAAACUUAGAUCAGACUGAUUUGCGGAGGUCUCCAGUACCCUCAAUUGAAAGCAUGAGUUAUUUUAUGGCUUCGACUCAAAGGGGCUCUAAAACGAACCCCCUAGAUCUGAAUCAGACUGGAGUUACAAGGUCUCCAAUACCAUCAAUGGCAAGUACAACGACAACCCUAAGUCUAAAUGAAACGAGAUCUACUGGUGAGAGUCAAUAUUUGGCUGCCUCCGGUCAAGAAGCAAGAUCUCCUAUACCCAUAUCUCCAACUUCUGCUAACCCAACUUUAAUCCUCCAAGAAAGUAUUACAAGCUUCCCAGGCGAGUCUAGAUCUAGAAGAUCAGUAAUUGACCAGGUUGUCCCACAAUUGUAUUCAAAGAAGAGACUAGAGAGGAACACGGAUGAAUCAAUGCUCCAUCAAAACGGAUGUACCGCCGAUGACACGGGCUUGCUUAAUGUAUCCACUGACGCACCACUUAACUUGGUCACAAUCCAUGAGCUUAACGGCCUUCGUUCUCGUGAUCUAGUCAUAAGUGAUUUGGAAGGCUAUAUGCAGGCCCGUACAGGCUGGGUUUUUACGAUUACCAAGAAUAUCGACAAUAUCAGCAAUACUAGCAAAAGCUGCACACCAGUUGAGUUUCUCAACGUGAUCAGAAUGCAGCGACAACAGGAGAAAAAAGACUUUUACAUCUGCAUGAAGCGCGAGGUCAUCGGUAUAUAUGUUGGUAAAAGGAGAAGGAGCAGUAAGAGUAGCCAAGAAUCAAAGACUGAUAUCAAGCGGCAAAGAAUCGAGGAGGAAAGAUAUGGAAGAGACCGUGAGGAACAUCGUAUAUCUUAG